GGGGAGGGCUCCCUCCAGCCCUGGUUCCCACUGUACCCGCUCCCCCCUCCCCCCGGGGGCCUUCCCGUGGGGUUGCCGCCUCGGCUCCUGCCCCAGCGGCCCCCUCCCCGGUAGGCCCUGCCUCGAAAGCGAAACCGGUCCAGCGCGUUGUGGCUGCGCUCCCAAAACGAGAGCCUGGGGCCGGAGUCGGGGUGCGAGCCGGGCGGCAGCCGUGGACAGGAAGAGGGGGGAGGCGGCUGUGGCGGGUGCGGCCGGAAAGGCUCCUUGAGCCGGUACCCUCCGCCUUCGCGGCCAUGGAGGUGUCCGAGCUCAGGGGGAGGCUGGUGGCGCAAGUGAGCGAAGCGGCGAGACGAGGAGAGGAGGCUGCUCCGCAGGUCGGGAGGCGGCCUACGCCUGGCAUAUAGACCCUUGGUGGUAGUGGUUGUGCCGCCGCCGCCGCCGCCAUUUCUGUUGCUGGGCUCUGGAGGCCCGUCAUUAUUGUCGUCGUCGCUAAUUUCUCCGUCCUCCAGCUCCCCUUCCUCUCUUGGAGAGAGGUCGCUUGAGGCCGCCGCUUUUUCCUCAGCCGCAGGAGCCGCCAUAGGGGUUACUCAGCACUAACUAGGCUACAAGCGCAGCAGGAAGCUGCUCAAGCUGAUCAGCCCACAGCCACUUGCGAGCGCACUAGUCAGUUUCGGUUCUUUUCGAAGCGCUGCGGCCACCCAGUCAGACCCCAAACGUGUACGCGCAACACCACCCUUCCCCUUCUCUCGCACAACUCUCGCGAGAUCUGGCGUCGACUUCCCUUCUUCCCUUCUUUGCUCAAAGAGGGGGCAACGAAACAUCACAAAGGAAAAGAAGCGUCGAACGGCAUGAUGGGAAUUGUAGUCCCCCACUGGUUGGCGAUUGCCCAAGGAGGGUCUGUCCAGCCGCCACAAGAGAAAGAUAUAGCGGCAAGGCAUAAUAACGGUCCCAUAACAGCACCGGUAGUUUCUGCUGUAGAAGAUUAAAUGAAAGGCCUGAUGAUUUCCGGUAGAGCAGCCAUUUCAGUGGAUGUAAGCCGACUCCUUUUGGAUGUUGAAGAUACAAAGCAGGAUCGUCCUCAGCUUUGCCGGGUGAUCAGCCUUGGACUUUCAAUGAUAUUUUAUUCCUGGGACGACUUCAACAAAGAUUAUUUCAAAAUGAUAACAAAUAUUAUCAUCUUGAGUGUACUUAUUUGCAUUUCUUUAUCUUUUUGGAUUGUUUCCAUGACUGCAAGCACAUAUUACGGUACUUUGCGACCUAUUUCUCCAUGGCGUUGGCUUUUUUCAAUCUUAAUUCCGCUAGUAAUUGCUUCACGAGCAUUUAAGAAAAAAAGUCUUGAUCAUGGUGGAGCAAUAGGAGGUUUAGUAGUUGGAUUUAUUCUCACUGUGGCAAAUUACAGCUUUUUCACUGCCAUGCUCAUGUUUUUCAUCACUUCCUCCAAACUCACCAGGUGGAAAGGAGAAGUAAAGAAGCAAAUUGAUUCUGAAUACAAAGAAGGUGGGCAGAGAAAUUGGGUACAAGUAUUCUGCAAUGGUGGUGUACCUGCCGAGUUGGCUCUGUUAUAUAUGAUUGAAAAUGGACCAGGUGAAAUUCCAAUAGACUUUUCCAAACAAUAUACAGCAUCCUGGAUGUGCCUGUCACUACUGGGUGCUUUGGCCUGCUGUGCUGGGGACACAUGGGCUUCAGAGAUUGGCACUGUCAUGAGUCAUGAACCACGGUUGAUAACGACCUGGAAAAAGGUUCCAAUAGGUACCAAUGGUGGUGUUACUUUAGUGGGCCUAAUCUCAAGUUUGCUUGGGGGCACAUCAGUAGGUGUAGCUUACUUCAUUUCCCAGUUGAUGUUUGUGAAUGAUCUGGAUAUAUCUGCUCCACAAUGGCCCAUUAUUGUAUUUGGUGGAAUGGCUGGUUUACUGGGAUCCAUGAUUGAUUCUUAUUUAGGAGCAACCAUGCAGUACAGUGGUUUCGAUACACGUACUGGAAUGGUUGUGAGCUAUCAGACAGAAGAUGUAAAACACAUAUCUGGAAAACCUAUCCUAGAUAACAAUGCAGUUAAUCUCUUCUCCUCUGUAGUCAUUGCUUUGUUGUUGCCAGGAGCAGCAUGGGGAUUUUGGCCAAGAGGGUGAAGUUAAGGUAUUGACUCCUGUAUGUUUUAUUAAAACAAGCUGUGACCGGAAGAAUUCUACACAAGGCACUUUUACUAUAACUCUGGGCUGGAAUGUGUUAUCCUACAGCUGAUACACAGGCCACAAGGAAUCAUCAGGCUAUUGGAACUACACAUCUGUAGCAGCUGCAGUUAUUGUAGGCAAAGUAGACUGAAAAGAGGCAGUAUUGAUUUGACAUCACUUCUGUAGUAGAACAAAGUUAUCUCUGCAGUUAUUUGAUCCACUACUUACAAGGCUGAAUGCUUGAUCUCAGUUCAUUCUCUACCAACUGGUAACUUAUUUAAGGAAAUGAGAAACUAAAAUGUUAACUUACCACAAAGUACCAGGGUGUUCACCAAACAAAGCAAUGGACUUUAGUAUUGUGCAUCUCCUACCUUAUUUUUCUAUUGUAGGAUUCUGAAGUCUUACAUUGUAUUUCUUUUGUAGGAUGUAGGAGGCACUUUUAAAGGGAUUUUUCCCUCUGCUGUCAAAACUGUUGAGGAAGUAAGGACACCAUGUUUGAAUGACUUGAUAAGAUCAAAACUUUUUUUGUUUCUUAAAAUAGAACACAUCAGCCAAAACUACCUUUUGAAAGAAUCUGUGCUGAUUUUGUUAGAACUCCAAAAAAAUAGUUCUAAUAAUACUAAAUUAUUGAUGUCUAAAGUUUAAAAAUUAGUAGAAUGCUUGUUUUGCCCAAUAUUUUAGCUAUUCUUAUUAGCUAUGGUUUUAUCCUGGCAUAUUGAACAAAUGGCACGCAUUGCAUUUGGUUCUGUGUUUUUUGUGGUGGAUGUUGUUGGGGUUUUUUUAACCUGAAGGGGAGAUAGCCUGCAGAUUCGCUUUAGUCAUCAUAUACACAGUCUAGAACUGUUUUUCUGAGCUUGCAGAAGCCUAAUCUUUUCAUAGAAACAGUGAAUGAAUUCAGGUAAAAGUUGAAAUUUAUCAUAACUGAAUGCAACUCUUCUCAGGAUGUGAGAUUUCUCUUGUGUGAGUGAAAAACUUUCAACUAGUAUGAUUGUAUGUCAGUGUGUUUAAUUAAAAGCACUGUGAAAUAUGCACCAAUAUACUUUUGAUUCAUCUGGUUUGUUUGCAAAUAGAUGUGUUUUCUGUAAUCUUAUAUUGUGGUUUUACAGCAGUUUUAUAUAGACCAGAGAUGCUAACACUUUUAAUUUGGCAUUAAAUAAUUAAGAAAAAUUAUAGGAUACUAAUUGAUGUGACCCAUAGGCUGCUUUUAAGACUAACCAUGCAGAAGUUGUCAAUAUUUUCAAGUGGGUAAUUACAGAUCUAGCUUGGAGUUCCCACUGGCAAUUGGAUCAUGGUCUUGCAAAACAAAUUGGAGCAAAACAGCGGAUAUCUUGAAGUGCUCUCUUUCACACAACAAUCAGAUCUUUGGCUUCUGUGCAACAUUCCCCGUAGAGAGAUUUAUAUAGUGUAGAUAGGAUUACACUAGACCCAAUAAAGUAAAUAUAACACCUCAAAGCAACAUGUUACUUGCACUAAUGUUGUAAAAUAGGCAGCCUGGGAAGUUGUUCCUUUAUGGGAAGAUGGUAAAGGUAUAAAAAGUGGAAAUAAAAAGUGUAAGUCAAGUAAAAAUUGAUGGAACUAGAAAAGAGCUGGUAGAGGAACGUCCUCUGAAAACCAACCAAUACAUUCUAGCCAUCACUAGAGGAGAGAGAGCACAGGAAAGUGGGAGCAAAGAGAAGCGUGAGAGGAUAAAUGGACUGAAAUUCAACAUUUUGAGGGGGUUUGCACUAUGUAAGAGGGAACAUACAUUGGAGUACUGUUUGCCUCAGCGUUUGUUCUUUGAAACGUAUAGGGCAGUAGCUAUCUGUAUUGCAAGUACAGAUCAAUUAUUUCUUUUCCAGAUGAGAAUGUGUUUUAUAAAAUUAUACCUAUUUGAAUAAAUCUGACUUUAAAAUGGCA